AUGACUAACAGACCAAUCGUUCCACACAAUUCUCGGGCACCAGGAGAAGAUUCAGUAGAAAAAUUUGAUCCGCAGUCCAUAAGUUUGCGAGCUCAAAAGAAGCUAGUUGGAAGUUUACCUAAAGGAAUAAUCAAAUUAUUUCUGGAUGAAUCAUCGGCUCGUUUGUUUGAAAAUAUAUUCAGCCUAAUUAAACAAUACACAGGCUGUGCUAAACUAUCUGCUUAUUUAACGAAACAGGCGAUUAAAUUAAAUGUUAAGGCUUUAAUUCUCAUAUCGAAUAACAUCCUAUCAGAUGAAGAAUUGAAUCAUGCCUAUGAAUUUCACGAAAAGUGUCAUCAAGUGGCAGAGAUUACUCUUCGUUUAGGUCGACCAAAAGACGUCUGCUACCUGGUGUUGAACCUUCAAUUGAUAAACUGA